CGCCGUGCCGCCGUGCCGCCGUGCCGCCGUGCCGCCGUGCCGCCGCGCCGCGCUCACGCUGCAUAAAAGAGUGAGGAGCCGGGACUCGUAGAACGGACCCGAUGUCUGAUGAGCGCCGAUUAGCUCGAAGCUCGAUCGCCUAUCCGCUGAAAACUAAACAACUACGGCAACUUCAUAAAAAAAAAACAUCGUAUUGUUGCACAUGCAAAUGAAGAAUAUACAGGGUGUGUGAAAAUUCCGAAUAUAGCGCUUGUAUAGUUUAUGAUUUAUAUAAUAUACAUCUAAGAAGAAUAAAGCUUAUGACUGAUGUAAAUCCAAAUAGAGAACAGCAAACGUAUACUUGGAUUACGACAAGGCAUUUGUUGUUAUUAUUAUUCAUAUUAUAUAUUUUCUGUAGUUUUUUAUUUUUGUUGAUUAUUUUGUUUUAUUAAAAAAUGACGUCCAAUGUGCACUUACAGUGUGCUGGCUGUGACAUUAGUGUAAAGAAAAUAAAAGGUAGAAAAAAAUUAAUACUCAACGAAGAGGAAGCAACUUCUUUUUCUAGUUGUUUAGAAAGAAUAAUAUCCGUCAAUGACAUUUUAUGCCGUAGGUGUCGGCUUUCUAUUUACAAAAAAAAGAAGUCUGAGAAUGAUUCAAAAUUAGAGAUUAAUAAAGAUCUUCCUUCCUCCGAAUUAACUUCUGAUCCGAUAUUCGAAGUUCAGAUAAAACCAAAAGAAGCCAUGCCUGAAGUUGAAUAUAUUGAAAUUCCUAUUCAGAGGACACUUUCUACGCAUAAAUAUUGUUGCAUUUGUUCUUCCAAAAUAAAUCUUACAGUAAUUCCGGAAGAAGCUCGAAUGCAAUCGUACAUUAAGAAAAAAAUCUAUAUACCGGUUGGUAAUCGGUGUUGUACAAAUCACUUAAUAAAAAACCGAAUUUUUGAAGAAGAUCUUAAUCUUCUAAAGAUAUACUCUAACACAACAAGUCUCACUGGGUUAGAGUUAUCCAAAAUGAUGGAAACUCUUUCCAUUAAAUGUGAUUCUACAUUAUUUAACAAAGUCGGUGAAUUCAAUCUUUCAGAAAAACAGCUUGAUGUCUUUACCGGAUUAACUUGGGACAAUAUUAUUCAAAUAAAAGAUAUGAUGAUAUCAUUAAGAAAUAGGCAGAAAAAAGUUCCCCUCUGCAAACCAUUCACUAUCUGUACAACUGACGGAUACAUUGUUGAUAUGCUCGGACCGUAUCUUGCAAAUCAAAAUGAUGCGGAAAUAUUGAAAAACAUAAUUCAAGAUCCAAACGGUUUAUGUAAGUUGUUAAAAGAAGGUGAUACUUUUGUCCUUGAUCGCGGUUUCCGAGACAUAGUAGGUGAUUUAGAGAAAAGGAAAUUUACAGUUUUAAUGCCUGCAUUGAAAGGAAAACAAAAGCAAUUGUCAACAAAAGAGUCCAAUCAGUCUCGAUUUGUCACUAAAAUCCGCUGGGCAGUUGAAUCAGUUCAUGGAGUGCUCAAACAAAAGUAUCGUCUUUUAGACCACAAAAUUGACAACAAGUUGAUACCAAAAAUUGGAAUUUAUUUUAGGAUUGCAUCAUUUCUGAACAAUACUUUCGGGAAAAGGUUACAAUCUGAUGUAGAAAUUGCGAAUGAAAUUGUACAGAGGAUGCAUGACCAAAAAAAUACGGAAAAUACUUUGGCUAUUGAGGCUGAAGAAAAAGGAUGGUUUCGCCGAAAACUCCUUUUUCAAAGUAUAACAUCGAAUGAUCUUUUGGAUUUUCCGGAAAUGACUGAAAAAGAUAUGAAAAUUUUAUUUACCGGUUCGUACCAACUUUCUCAAGCCGUGUCGUAUUUGGCAGAGAUGAUAGACAAAAAUGGCAAAUUAAACAUAGAGUAUGUUAAAAACGAGAAAAAUGUUCUUAAACUAAAAGUUCCAUCCCGACAUAUUUCUCGUACAACAUACAGAUGUUUCUUGCGGUACAAACCAAACAGUAUCGGAGUUUCCGGUGUAACUCAUUAUGUAUGUGAGUGUGCUAAUGGCAGACGAACUGUUGGUUGUUGCUCGCAUAUUGCCGCAAUAAUAUAUUAUUUAUCAUAUGCAAGAUAUUUAUCUGAAAUUUUUAAACCGGCAGAAAUACUUAGCGAUAUAUUUAAAAAAGAUAAUUCAAUCCCAGUGAUUGAAAGUGAUAGUGAAGAUGAUUAAAAAAAUUCUCUUCAGUUAAUGUGAGAGGCGAGGGGACUCACAUUAAAAAAGCACCCCGAUGAUA